GGCGGGCAGCCCCCAGGACGUGGGGCAGCGAGCGGAUGGAGCGAGGCGGGAUCCUGGGAGAUGUGAUGGGAGCCAGGUCCUCGCUUCUACCUGAAGAUGUGUGACCUGCGAGUGGAGCUUUCUCAGGAGGAGCUGACUGUGCCCUGUGCGGUUCAGCGUGUAUCUACCACGCUCUGUGAGAUACCCAGGAGCCGAAGGUGAACAGGGAAGAGGGAGGGCAUCGUCCCGUCUUUGAUAAUAGACUGGGCUUCCUUCCUCUAAAGAAGCAGGUGCCUCUGUGAUUAAUUCCCAAUGUAGUUCUGGUACAGUUUUAUUGUUGAAAUUGUUGAAGAUGUCAUCAGGCCUUACAGAGGAGCAAAAGAGGAGGAUUGAAGAGAAUCGCCAGCUAGCUUUGGCUAGGAGAGCAGAGAGGCUGGCAGCCCAGAGAGCUGGGCAUGUGGGCAUCGCUGCACCUCCGCAGAAAGAACAGAGCCUGGGCAAUCCGGGAAACUCGAGGGAAGAAAAUAAUCAUGUCAGGGUCACCAGCCAGCACCGACAGAAUGCAAACACUCCUGUGGAGCAGAAGAGCUGUCUCCAGAAAGGCUGUAACCAUUACACAGCAAACCAACAGAUGGCUGGCUCACACAGAGAGCAGCAAAAGAGUUGUUCAGAGGACUCAGAACAAGCAAGUGGCCUUAAGCAGUUCCCUGCAACGAUCUCAAAUUCUCUGAAUUAUUCCCAUAAACAUUACUUGGAAGCUGGUAGUCAGGAACAUGGACAACACACUUCAAUUAAUCUUGGAACAUUCCAGCAGCCCAAAUGCUACCCAGCUUUCAAAAACCCCACAGGACCACCUCAUCCAAGAUUAAUUGAUAGCAGGCACCCUGAUGGUAGUAAAGAUUUACAAACUCAGAACAAAUCUGCCAUCAAAUAUGUUUCACCACCAAGCAGCGCCGCCCUGAGUGAUUCAGAAAUGCUGGUAAACACAAACAGACUGACAGAAAGUGCAGGGGGAGGUUUUGUCUCUCAGGCUGCUGGUAGGAUGCAGAAGCUGACCAGCUCUGCUGGUUUGGGCUCUUCCUUUGAAGCUGCCUCUCACAAGAAAGCAAAUAACGUUACAAAAGGAAAAUGUGUGAAACACGGGGAAGGCCGAUUCCAGGUCGAAAUAGGGUAUAAUGCUGAACUUAUUGCUGUGUUUAAGAAGGUACCAAGCAAAGCCUAUGAUCCUGCUAUGAAAAAAUGGAAUUUCAGCAUGGAAGAUUACAGCAGUCUCUUAAAAGCAGCAAAUCAACUUUCAUCAGUAAUUCUGGCACCACUGGAAGGAGAAAAUGCAGUUGGCUUGGCAUCAGGCUCUCAUUCUGUUGGCAGUGGGGUUGAUGUGAAAUCCCUCUUGAAGAUGUGUAAGAACUGGAAGAAGCCCUCAGCCCUUGUCAAAGGGAAGUGUGUUCUUAUCUCUCGCUUGCGAUUUGAGGUUGAUAUUGGGUAUUCUGCAGAAGUGAUUGGAGUGUUCAAACAGAUGGAUUCCAGAAAUUAUGAUAUGAAUACCAGAAAGUGGAAUUUCCUGCUGGAGGAUUACCCCAAACUAAUGGAAGUGUUACUGAGCCUCGUGUCCGUAGAAGUGGAGCCACUGCCCGAAGCAGUAAUUAGGACCUUUGCAGCUCAUCUACAGAGGUCUCCAUCACAGACAGACAUUCCUGAUGCUGACCUUGCAGUAGUGGACUCCAAAAUUGUGACGAGCCUCAUGCCCUUUCAGCGGGAAGGUGUGAAUUUUGCAAUUUCCAGAAACGGACGUUUGCUUCUUGCGGAUGACAUGGGCCUGGGCAAGACCAUCCAGGCCAUCUGCAUUGCUGCCUAUUACCAGCAGGAAUGGCCCUUGCUGGUGGUCACUCCUUCUUCUGUGAGGUUUACAUGGGCAGAGGCAUUUCACAGAUGGCUUCCAUCCUUGAGUUCAGGAAGCACCAAUGUCAUAGUGAGUGGCAAAGACAACCUAACAGGAAGCUUGAUCAACAUCAUCAGUUUUGAUCUCCUCAGCAGGAUGGACAAGCUACUUAAGAGCACAUUCCAAGUAGUUAUCAUUGAUGAAUCUCAUUUCCUGAAGAACACAAAAACUGCACGCUGCCAAGCUGCCAUGCCUCUACUCAAGGCUGCCAAGAGAGUGAUCCUGCUUUCGGGAACGCCGGCCAUGUCCCGGCCUGCAGAGCUCUACACGCAGAUCGCCGCUGUCCAGCCAACGUUCUUCCCACAGUUCCACUCCUUCGCGCUGCGCUACUGUGAUGCCAGGAAGAUGCCAUGGGGUUGGGACUACUCUGGAUCAUCCAACUUAACUGAACUGAAGAUUUUGCUGGAGGAGUCCAUCAUGAUCCGACGUUUGAAAUCAGAUGUGCUUUCCCAGCUUCCAGCAAAGCAACGCAAAAUGGUUGUGGUAGCUCCUGAAGGCAUUAGUGCAAAGACCAAAGCUGUCUUGGCAGCUGAAGCAAAGAAGAUGGCCAAAGGAUAUGAAAGUAAACAACAGGAGAAGGAAGCUCUUCUUGUCUUCUUCAGCAGAACAGCAGAAGCUAAAAUCCGCUCAGUCGUAGAAUACAUCCUGGAGUUACUGGAAAGUGGGAAUAAUAAAUUUCUGGUGUUUGCUCAUCACAAGAUAAUGCUGGAUGCAGUAGUUGUAGAGCUGAAGAAGAAACACGUUGAGCACAUUCGCAUUGAUGGCUCCACAUCUUCAGCUGAGCGGCAGUCUCUGUGCCAGAAGUUCCAGUUCUCAGAGAAGCAGGCUGUGGCUGUCCUUUCCCUCACUGCUGCAAACAUGGGCCUGACAUUGUCUGCUGCAGAUCUGGUGGUGUUUGCAGAGCUCUUCUGGAACCCAGGGAUUUUGAUCCAAGCAGAAGAUCGGGCACAUCGAAUUGGACAGACCAGCUCCGUUAAUGUUCACUACCUCGUGGCUAAAGGCACAGCAGAUGACUACUUAUGGCCAAUGAUUCAGGAGAAAAUCAAAGUGCUGGGCGAAGCUGGUCUUUCAGAAACCAAUUUCUCCGAAACAGCUGAGUCAACUAAUUACUAUGCUAAGCCAGAUCCAAAGCAGAAGACGAUCUAUGACCUUUUCCAGAAGACCUUCUCUGAGAGCAGAGAUGACACUGAUGAUGUUUUGUUUUUGGAGGCAGCUGAUGCUGGCUGUGAGUUUGACUCUGGGAGUGCUUUGCAAGACAGAGAAGCAGAGACAUGUUCAGUGAGUCCCAAAAAAAAGCGGCGUAUUGAGGAGUUUUUCAAAGAGUAAAUGGGUGACAGCAAAAGAGAUGGCAGCUACGAGAUUUUUUUUUUUAAUUAAAAAAGAAAAACCAAAAGCAAUCACGUAUUAUUUUUUGAGUUUUUGAAAAUAAAAGACUUGAAGUUUUCUGUAUCUCUGGCAUGUUUCAUCUCAAAGGAUGAGAAGGCAGUCUGACAGUGUGACAGAUGUGCAGUGCACACCUGGCAGCCUGCAGGGUUUGCAGUCAGUCCUGGUUUUGCCAGUGACUGAAUGGACAUGGGAAAGUGUCAUUCUGCUGUGUUUCAGCAUGUCAGCUUCCACAGUUGUUCUGUUUAAAAAGCAGAUAAUGGUCCCCAAAGCAGAACUGGUAAGAAAACCAACUCCUCAGCAGCUGCAGAGUGCUUUUAACAAUCAGUUUUCCAUCUCCAAAAGUCUGUAUUUCUAGGAGUUUGUUCCCUGGCAAAUUUGGCCAUUACUUGGAUCACUCACAGAUUGGCUCUUGGGUAUUCAGUUUGGCCAUGAGGAAAAAAGAUCCAGACAGAUCUUGAUGUUUUGUGGAAGUGGGGAAGAGGAGGGAAAAGAGCAAGUUACCACCUUGAAGCUAGGUAAUGUAGCUGCGUACCAGUAAGUGUGUAUUGCCUGUUUUAGGCAGAUACCUGCCUCAGCACACUCAUCUCUGGCCUCGUGCUGAAUAUUGGGACCUGCUCCAUGGCAUGUGCUGCUUCUGUCAGUGGAAGGUGAAGCUUGUGCUGACUGCCAGGGAUUAACCCUGACGUCUCAGGGAGGGGAGGUGUGUGUGUGUUUUCUUCAAGACUAGACUGAUUUCUACAGAUGAAUGAGGAGGGGGACACAGGCAGCCUUUUGCUCGUUUUGUAAGAAAGUGAUUCUGGACUGAACUGUUUAAAUAAAAAGUUGUUCUAAGUUGUGAUUCCCCAGCUUUUGGUACUUCUUCUAUUUUAUCAUCUCCCAGUUAGCUGUGUUUUACAGCUGUAAUCUGUAGAAAAGGUGGCAAACUGAAGGCUUACAUUGAGCUCCUGGAGGCCAGCAGCUAAUGUGCUGUGGAGGUGACGUGCUUGGCUCUGUGCAAAUACCAGACACUGACAAAAAAUACCUCUCUUGCGAGGCAGAGGAGAAAAAUGUUUGUGCUGUAAGAUUAACCUGAUGAUAUUAGGUAUUUUUUCCUGCAUUGAAGGGUUUGAUUGUUCCAUUUUCAGCUGAUGUCGUCAUGGAAAUGCCCCACAGGCUGGAUGUACAAUUGUGCUGGGUGGAGAACUGCUUUCCAUUCAUGACUGCAGAUGGUGCUUUGGGGUGUGAGCAGUAGCAAGGGGUGUUGUGACUGGGCAACUGCAGGAAAUGGUUUAUCUCUGGGUCUGAGGAUGAGAGUUAAUGAGCACUGCUCUUGCUUCAGCAGCUGGCCAGGUGAUGACACGCUUUUUGACAUUUUUAAAUGUCUGUCAUCUUGAACACAAGAGUAUUAAAUCUGUAGGACGAGUGAUCUUUCUACUUGCAAAGUGGGUUGUUCUGAGUAAGGGGUGAGAAAUGUUGCUGUCUGCUGACUGAGAAAAAAUGCAAAAGACAUUAUUUGUAUACCCAUAUUGUUGUCUCCUAUAGAAGUAGUUAUCUUCUUUGUAAAGCUACAGCUAUUUCAAAACUACUUUCCUAAGAUACAUUGAAAGUACCCUUGGAGAAUUCUGCUUCUUACAAACUCGAUUCGUCUUUGAUUCAUCUCAUUGUCCAUAUGUUGGUAAAUCCCAGCCUUGGUAGAAGAAUGCUAGGUGUACCUUCCCUUUGUUAGGACCCAUAAAAUCUCGGUUUGCUGCACAGAUACAGAGGUUUUUCAAAUACACUUGAAAUUCACUUUAUCCUUACUAGAUGAAAAGGGGGAGAAGAACCUUGCAGGAAAGUGCUGUUAGUGAUUACUUCAAGGGAGUGGAGAGACUACAGGCCUUAUCCUGAUGGCACCAUUAGUCCAUCAUUAAUAUGGUGAGGAGGUGGCUGGGCAGCUGGCAGCAGGCUCAGAGAGGAUCUCCAAGGCUUGCUGACGAGAACCUGUACAAGGCAGUGUGCAGGUUGCCAGUGAGACCCACAGGCAGGCUCAGGAACAUGCAGCACUCCUGGGGACUCUCGCACCUGCCCACUGAAGAUGAUAGAGCUGUAUCUUUUUUGGCAUUAUCUAAAGCCAGUAGAGGAAAGGGAAGGACCCAUCUUACUGGAUCUUGGAGCAUCUUACUGUGGCUGGAUACCUGCUUGUACACCUGCAUCAGUGCUCCCACCCAUGUUCAAGAAAGGUGUGUUUUCAAGAAGGAUGGCAAAACAGCAACAACAGGUUAAAAUACCUGAACAAUAAGCUGGAGCAGUUCCAACUAAGUGUUCUGCGUGCCCCAGGCUGGCCAGCUUCAUGUGCUGAAGAGUUCAAGGGGCUGGAUUGUCAAGGCAGGGCUGUGCUGGCCUGUCUGUGUCCUUCAUCUUCUCAGUCACUUGGAAAUGCGUGUUUACCUUGGCAGUGCUGGGAACGGCUGUCACUCUGGGUGGCUGGGUUUGGUUGUUGCCAGAGCUGUCUGUGACACUGGUAGAUGAUGGAUAUGACCAUGUGCUGUACUGUCACAGCAAACCUGAACUCUGUAGAUACCAGGGAAUAGCAGUAGGUUCUCUGGAUGUGUUGGCUGACAAUUUAUAUGUUUGUUUAACCAUAUCAUCACUAAGCAGCCAAAGGAACUUACUUCUUCUUUUCAGUUUUCUAAUAUGUUGGUAUCAAAGCUGUAUCCUGUGAGUCAUCAUUAUGACGAGGAUCUGAAAAGGGCAAAUAUAUUCCUAGGAUAUAUCAAAUGAGAUUUUGAUUCAACUGAGGGAGAUAUAAAUACCAUUGCCUAAAGCCUUGCUGAGCCCUCAUCUCAAACACUACUCUGGCACCAGCUCCCAGAAGAGCUUGCAGGGAUGAAGCUUGGCAUGACAGAGGGAAUUAAAAAUGUCAGUGUUCAAACCCUCAAAGCAAGAGCCAAGAGGGGAGGUGACAUCCGUCCCUGAGCAGCCCCUGAAGUACAGACCCCAGCCAGGGAAAGUAACACAGUGGUAGGGUACACUUGAUUCCUUGAUUCCCUCUUAACUAAAUAGACUGCAAGCGAAGAGGGCUGUCAUGGGUUGAGGCAGCCAGGGUGGGUAUGGAGGAAAAUUACCUGCAACAAGUACCUGGGGACAGUUUCUCUAGGUGGACUGGGAAGCUCCAGCCCGCUCCUGGCAGGAGGGGGAUGAACCGUAGCUGGCUCUGCACAUCAAAAAGCUCUCAGGCUAACUAGAUUACAUUUCUUAAUAGAGGUCAAUGGGUUGCUAAUCCCCUUAACAAGCAUUGCAGCUCGGUGGCACUGGUGUAUUUUUCUCGCUGUGUUUUGAUGCUGGGAAUCACCCCUGCAGCGACACACGAGGGCUUUUGGGGCUGGUUGUGUCAGCACUGGGCAAACUCAAGGAAAUUAGGAAGUUGCCUUGACCUGACCUGAUGCCAAAAUUAUUGAGAUCUCAUGGUUUAGGGCUGGUAUGUUUUACGGUAAGAAUUCAUCCUCAUUGAUUUUUAUAUUUAUUCAUUAUUAUUUACUUGUUCUGCAGUUCUGGUCAUGUUUUCUGUCCCCGUUUUGACAUCUACCUGCUGUUUACUAUCUUUAAAAACGAGGUGAGUGAAUGGAACUGCCCCUUCUCCUGUUCUGCUGUGACCUCCCUCGGUGGAACCCCAGGACUGUGAGCUGCGGCGGUGCUGGCGCUCAUGCACCGCCCGGGUCUCACACUGCGUUCCGCAGGAUGGCUCAGGCUGCAAGGGACCACGGUGCUCAUCUGGUCCAACCCCCCUGCUCAAGCAGGGCCGUCCCAGAGCACACGGCACAGGACUGCAACCGGACGGUUCAGAAGAAUCUCCAGUGAGGGAGCCUCCACAACCUCUGUGCCAACACUAAGGC